CAUCUCAGUUUUGCAGUAUCUUCUUUUGCCUUAGUGUUUCUGAGACUUGAAAUGCUAAAUAUGAAUAGAAAUCACAAACUGGGAUCACAAACAUUUCCAUCACAAAUGAGGAAUGUUUGGGCCUGACUAUGGUUCUUCAAAAUGUUUCAUGUUAGUUUCUGCUCUCUUUUUAAUUGUCCCAUUUGCUUGCUUUUAUUGGGUUGUCUUGAUUUUAUUGCAGAUUUUACUGAUAAGGGAGCAUUAUAAGAAAAGCAAUUUCUUUAUUAUAUUUUUCUGUGGGUUUUACUGGAUUUAUAAAAUGCAGAGAUGAGCUUAUUUUAUCAGGUCUUCUCUGGUCAAGUUCAAGAUUAUUUUCUACAUUGUGAUUUUUAACAAUUUUAUUGGCCCAGUUUGAAAAUUCUCCAAGCUAAUUACUUCUGCCCAUGUAACUUCCAAACUCUUUUUUCCCAGAGGGAUCUUUGUAAAUAAUCUUUGUGCUUGAGCUUCUUUAUUUUUAAAGCCUGAACACAAAGAAUAAAAUCUAAAAAGGGAUGGGCCUGCCCUUGUUGAAACUGGCAACCAAACAUUUGCUACAAACCAAUGUUUACAGAUGUACAAGGCUACAUCAAAUAUUAAUAAAUUCAAUACCACCCAACACGAGGCUCAUUUAGUCCAAUUCCUGCCUGUCCCUGCAGCUGUGGGGAUGUGGAUGUUUUCUGUGACCUUGAACACGGACACCGGCUGCAGAUGUUCCACACCUGCAGCUCCAAUAAACCUGUGGAAGCUGGGGAACUCCUACAGAGGUUAUCCUGUGCUACCCAGAGAUAUUUGCUGUUGCCAUUUGCAAAUGUCUGUCCUGCUUUUGGCCCAGUUAAAAUAAUCGUACAGAGUCGUGGUGGUGCUGGAAUUGGAGCUGCAGGAAUGCUGAAGUGUCCUGUGUUGCCCUGCAUCAGGUCCAUGGGUUUGCCUUUGGCUGAAUUAUGCUCACACUGAACCUGUAGGUAGAAAGUUGAGCGCCUGGAAGACUUCAGGUCAAGAAUGGAGUUCAGGGGGUCUCACGAAUCAGAACCAAGGUCUGAUGAUCACAAACCUGGGGUUCUGUGUUCGAGAAGGUGGAGGGCUGUUGACGUUUGCAAAUGAAGGUAUUCAGCUGUUCUGUUCCUUUGUGCUGAAAACAAAUACACAGCCUUCGAGGCUGCAAGUUCUGAGUCUUGGGGGAGGAAAAGAUCAAUUUCAAGUGAAAUAAAUUUGAGCUGAAGGAACUUGAAAGCUCUGAAAAAUCAGGUUGUUGUUACCACAUCAGGCAUUUAGAAUCAGGCCCCUCACAUUUGACCUAUGUUCAUAAUCUUCCUUUUCUUUCUCCUCUCCCUUUGAGCAGUGGGGAAGGGCUGUGAAGAACCUUAAGCUAUGAGGAAACAAUUCUGCCAACAGAUGUGGAUAAACCUUCAUGCUUUGAAUGUUCUGAGAUCAGCGGUGUACUCUCCCAUAAAACAUGGAAUUGGUCCAUUGACUCCUUUGGGUUGUUUUGCAGUGGUGUAACUUUUGCCCUGUGUUCAAUCUGAGUGAGUCAUUAUGCUUCUGCUCCUUACCCAGCAGUAACAUUCCAUUGCAGAAACAGCUUCACUUUUAUUGAUUCUUCCUAAUAGCAGAGAAUCAGCAAAGCAGCACAUUAUUUAUUAGACUGAAAAACACCAAAUAAUAAUGAGUUGUUUUAUAUUAGAUGAUCAAAUGUAAGAGCCUUCAGUACCUUGGUUAAUGGGUCUGGUUGGAAUGUUCAGCUGGAACACAAUAACUGGCUGCCCAGAGAGCUGUUCUUAAGAUGCCAAAUAUAUAUAUAUAUAUUUUUUUUUCCUAUUUAAUCCUUUUUCCUCCUCUCUGUUAUAUUCCAGUUCUCACAUGCACAAAAUGCAUUUUUCCUUAAUACCAUUCAAGAGCAUCUCUGGAAGGACAGAUGCUGGAGGGUUUGUGUGGAUUUCAUAUUAGCAAACCUGCUCUACUGAGCUCUGUUGUGUAAAGGAAGAUGCAGUCCUGAUAGUAAAUUCUGCAUUUCCAGAACUUAGGAAGGAGGGAUAGAGCUGUGGGAUGAAACUGGAGGUUUCCCCUUUAAUCAGCCAGGCCUCACCCUCAGAUCAGAGACUAUUAGUAAAGACACUCGUCUUUCUAAUACAAAUUUAUAUGUUCUGGGAUUGAGGCUGGGCCUCCCCAGCUCACUUGGCCACAGGUGCACUUUGAGAUUUUGUCAGGAGGGAGCCCCAACCUCUGUCUGCACCAGUUUGGGCAGAACCAGAGCUGUUCAUUCAUGUGCAGGGGUGUCACUGCCUUGGAGACCUCUGCUCCUGCAGUGCCAUGGGCACCUUCCCUGCUCCCGGGCACAGGAACUCUGUCUGGAACAGCAUGUGGAACUUGGAGAUCUCCUUCCACUGUCCUUCUGCCAUGGCACUGAGCUGUCCCACCAGCCUCAGCCUCUGGAAUCUGCAUCAGGAUGGUGCUGCUCCUGAAGUGUUUGAGGGAGGUGAACUGGAUGGGAUCCUGCAGGAAGCUGAGUCCACUUAGAAUUAUCAUUUCUUCAGAAUCUUCUUCCUCUUUGUGUUGAAAUGAAAUGAUGCUCUGUCUCCUUGGGGGUGAAGAGAAGGAUGUGAGCCUUUCAGAAGCAAGUCCAGCAUCUUUGAAGCUUUAAGAAAUACAAGCUUUAGAUAAAGAGGGGGAAGAACAUGUGGGAUGAAGCUUUGAUAGGGUGGUGGAGGCAGGAUCCUGAGGCCAGGGAGCACAUAGGAGUAGAAGACAGAGGGGGCUUCUCCACUCAACAAAGGAGCCCUGUUUCAGAGUGAAGCAAAUGCUUUCAGACUGAGGUUUCAGUGAAAUGCAAAUGUCUGAGAAAAGAUCUCAGACUAAUGAAGUGCUUGGAAUAAAAGUUUUGGACCAGAGCUUGCAAAUGCAACCUUUGACUUGCCUCUUUCUUUCUGGAGUUCAGUAGCUCCAUAGUGCACACAGUAAAGAAGAUCAAAGAAUGGGUAAUCUUUGCAGCUAUUUGCUCAUCAGAAAGGUGGGGUUUUAGUUUAAUUUUUUUAAUGCUUGGUUGCAUUUGCAGGUCAGGAGUAAUAAAAGAUGUACAGUGACACUAUUUAGCACACUUUAAUAAUUUUAUCUGGACCAGUAAAGUGUUUCUGCAUGACCUGUGUUUUAAGCUCCAAAGCUUAAAUCUCUGAAGUCUACCACAUAUCAUAUCUUUUCCAAAGCUGCCCUGUGUGUGUCUGGAUGGGUUUUCUAGUUCUGCAUCUGGAUUUCCUGUGAAGUCCUUAGCAGGACAGGCUGUGCUGGAGCAGGGAUGAGUGUCAAACCCCUCUCUCCUUCCCAGCUCUCCCUUUAGUGGCACAGGGAAUGGGAGUUAUGAUCAGUUCAUCACAAGGUUGUUUCUGUUGCUGCUCAGAGAGGAGUUAGAGUCCUUCCCUGCUCUAGCAGUGAAUUCCUCUCGUAGGAGACAGUUUCUCAUGAACUUUCUCAAAGUGAGUCCAUCCCAUGGGCAACAGUUCUCCACAAACUACUGCAAGUCGGUCAUUCUUCCUCCAGGUCAGCCCUUCAGGCUGUAGCUGUUCAGCAUCACUUUGUAAGUCACCAGUAUCCUUUGAUUAAAUUACUCACUGUUUCAGCAGAGCACCCACACAGGUAGUAUCAAAGAGUCAUUAGCGUUUGAAAAGACCUUUAAGAUCAUCAAGUAAACCAAGAUGUGCCUGAAAGUACUAUUAGAGACCAGUGUUCCAAAAUUAAAACAUUACCAGUAAAAGGGAAUUUUCUCUACUGAGGUGGUGUGGCAGCACACAGAUGAUAGUUACUUGCCUCACAGUGGGAUACUGAGUGUCAGUUAAAGUUUGUAAAGGACUUUGACAGAACUCACUGCCUGAAAGGUGUUUUAACAUUUAAAUUUGAUUGUUGUCUUUUUCUUUACUUCUGCAGUGCCAAGACAAUCUGUGCCCUGCCCUGAUUCCCAAACCUGUGAGCAAAUGGAUUGCUUUGAGAAUGGAAAGAUUUGUACUCAAACAGGCUCCCAGCAGCACAGGGAGAGGUACAGAAAUCCCAGAUUUUCCCCAUCUUUUGUUUGAAAACAUUUGAAGGGAGCAUGGUGUUACUGUGAGUAGAAUGAACCUGUCAGACCAAGUGUUACAGUUCUCUAUCCAGGAAAUCCUGAAGACAUCUUUCAUUUCUUCAGGUCCUCAGCCCAGGCCUCCUCAUUCCAAGAAGUUCAGAGACACUGGAAACAGUGCAGGAAUAAUACUUUAAUUUUAUAUUGCUUUUAAUUUUGGAUGUUUUAACGAUAUCAAAGACAUUCCAGAUGAUUGCAGGAAUGGGAAAUAAUGGAAAUCUUACUACCAGCAGUGGCUAUCAGGUGACUGAGGCUGGCAGACCUGUCAGACGUCUCCGGAGGAAGAGAAGAUUGCCUCUGGAUUCAGAGGAUGAGGAGGAAAAUGCAUAUGAGGAUGAGUGCUUCCUGGAAAGAAGAAGGCAUGGAACUGGUCUUCCUACUUGGAAGAGGAACAGAUGCCAGCUGCUCCCCAAAAGCUGUUCAGAGAGUAUCAGUCAUUCCCACAAGGCCGAAAUGGAUUUAAAGUUGGAAUGAAAUUGGAAGGGGUGGAUCCUGAACACCCCUCUCGUUUCUGUGUUCUCACCGUUGCUGAGGUUCAGGGAUACAGGAUGCGACUGCACUUUGAUGGUUACCCAGAGUACUACGACUUCUGGGCUAAUGCUGAUUCCUCAGACAUCCACCCUGUGGGCUGGUGUGAAAAAACAAGCCAUAAGCUGCUCCCUCCUAAAGGUUUCAAGGAGGGAGAAUUUAAUUGGACUUCCUAUCUGAAGAACUGCAAAGCUCAAGCAGCUCCAAAAAGCCUUUUUAAGACCCCCAGCAGUCCUGUCACACCUUCUGGGUUUCGUCUGGGAAUGAAACUGGAGGCAGUGGACAAGAAGAACCCAUCACUGGUUUGUGUCGCCACCAUCACAGACAUGGUGGAAAACCGGCUGCUGAUCCAUUUCGAUAACUGGGAUGAGAGCUACGACUACUGGUGUGAAACGAGCAGCCCAUAUAUCCGUCCUGUCGGCUACUGCCAAGAAACUGGAACCCCACUGACAACACCACCUGGACACAGGGAUUCCAAAGACUUCUCGUGGGAGAAGUACUUGGAAGAAACUAAUUCCCAAGCGGCCCCUGCAAGAGCCUUUAAAUUGCGUCCUCCUCACGGAUUCCAGGUUAAUACGAAGUUAGAGGCUGUGGACAGACGAAAUCCCAUCUUGAUAAGAGUGGCAACAAUCAUUGACAAAGACAGCCAUCGCAUUAAGAUACAUUUUGAUGGCUGGGACCAUGACUAUGAUUUCUGGGUGGAUGCAGACAGCCCUGACAUCCAUCCUGUGGGCUGGUGUGACAAAACUGGACACGCUCUGCAAGUCCCUCUAGGCACUGAAGAUCCAGAGGGAGCAGUGGGACAAGCGUGUCCUACUCCGGGCUGCCAGGGGAUUGGGCACGUCCGGGGCCCCCGAUACGGAACACAUUACACCUUAGUUGGCUGCCCAUACUCUGAUAUGAACCUCAGCAGAGAAAACCUCUUACAGGACCGGCUGAGUGGGGAGAGACCUUCCCCUGGGAACAUCAUGCAGAAAACCAAGAGGCUGGAGACACCUGGCCCACUGCUGGGAGCAGGGGAGUCUUCUCAGGGUGACUUUUCACAAUCCAGAAAAUCUGCACCAGACAGUGAAAAGUGGUGUCAAAGCAGCAUCCACACUCCAUCAGAGCAGUCAGAAGACAGUCGGGAGAGAGGCUGGGGAGAGGAAGAUUUCUCUGUAGAUAUCAAAGCUGCACCAAAAAUGCUUGGGUGCUCACAUGCCUAUAUCAAGUUUCAGCUGGUGAAACAGGAAAGCAAUGGGAAAGACCCUGAUUUGGAUCUCCAGCAGGCCCUCCACCAGUCUAUCUUCAUGCCUUCUCUGGCCUCUAACCCGAUGCACCGCCUCCAUCUCUUCUGGGAGCAGCACUGCAGGCUCUUGCCGGAGGUCUCAGGCCUGACAGCCAAACAAGUUGCCAAAUGGACAGUGGAGGAGGUAGUGAGCUUUAUCCAGCGUUUACCUGGCUGCAAAGAACAAGCAUCUGUGUUCAGGGAAGAGCAGAUUGACGGUGAGGCCUUCCUGCUCCUCAAGCAGAACGACAUCGUUAAAAUACUCAGCAUCAAACUGGGCCCUGCCCUGAAGAUUUACAAUGCCAUCCUCAUGUUCAAGUCUGCAGAAGACAACUGAGAAGGGGCCUUUGGCAGAUCCAGGAGGAAUUGACAGGGAAUGGAUCUUCAGCUGUGAGCAUUACAACACGCCAGACAGGUGGAUUGGGACUCUGAUAUAUUUUAAAGAGAACUUAGUAAAAAUGGUUUGAGGUUAUAAAAAUCUUGCCACAGUCUGGAAUAUGGGCAGCUUCACUUCCAAGAAGAGGAUAUUAUUAUAUUUUGUAAUUGAAUUUGGUUUUGAUAUAUCAAUCUCUUUUUGAGAUCAAGAAUAAACCUCCAGUUCUAAGGGGAAUCCAGGGUAGCACUGGUGGAGCUGCAGGAGCAAGAAGAAAGUUUUGAGUAAAACUGGCUUUGUGUCCAGUGAUAGUGCCUGAAAGACUGAGUGAUCACCAGUGAGAUUGUGUUCUGCAUAAUAAAAGAGAGAGGAAAAAGAUGCACUUCAAAGCAAUCCCCCUGUAUCCUUCACUACUGUGACUCAGGAGCUGACCUUUUCAGGACUGAUAGUUAAAUUCCAGUUUUCGUACUGCUCCUGGUUGUUGUGACAACAACAACUAACCCUGGGCUGCUGGGCUGCUUACAGCCGGCAGGAAGGCAGCGUGGGCAGAGGGUUUCCAUCAGGGAUGGCUUGCACUGGUUCUGCCAGCAAGCAAAAUGUCCUCAUUCCUGUCAUUCCCUGUCAGGAGGCAGCGGCAGUGCAGGUGGGCUUUGGGUAGGCAAAGAUCCCAUAAGGGCCUCUGCUGCUGGAGACAGAGAUGUGUUUUAGCUGUAAUUCUCCCAUCAGUGCUUUUGUGCAGCUCCUUCUGCACCAGGAACAUCUGGCAAAAUGGCACAGUUGGGAGCACUUGGGCAUUGGUGUGUGUUUGUUCUUGCCCUCUCCACUGUCAGCCAAAUGCUAGGAAUAGGAGUUGGAAAGCCAGCAGUGGCCAGAGUGUGUGUGUAAACAGAUUUCCUAGAAACAAAUGGCUUUUCUUUCGAACCAUCCAAACUGAUGAAUGUGAAGUGCUUUGGCCUUUGUCCCUUGAGGUGGACUUCAGUGCGUUCCGCAGGAGAGCUGGAGAGCAGGACAGCACCUCCUCUGUCUCUGGGAGGGGAGCAGGCACGGCACACAGGGAUGUGAGAUUAGAGAGGAAUCAGGACUUAAACAGCAAAAUGGGGUAACAGUUACUUCCCAAAAGAGAGAGAGCUGCUGUGUGUGGGGAAAGCAGUGGAGUCUGGGGCUGUGUUCUGCACGUGCAGCCUGUGCUCUCCUGGGUGGGAGCACGGGUGGUUCCUGCUCCAGCACAGCCAGUUUAAGGAGCAUGCCCAUGGACAUCCUGGGUGGGGGUUUCUACACGGGUACUUCCCGAGUUGUCCUCUCCCCAUGGAAGCCCUGGCAGAUGUGGUGAGUCCUGCUGGCUCCUGCUCCGUCCUGCUGGCAGCACCAGCUCGUGGCUCUCCCUCUGCCACUCUCCCUGAUGUCUGCUUGGCUGUUCUAGAACCACCUCAGCUCAGGCAGCCCUUGCUGCCCCUCAUCCAUAGCUGCCAGGCUGAAUUCUGUGUGUGGGAACCCGUGGGAGUACUGGGGGUGUGACCUGGAGCUGCCAAAGGCAGGUUCUGCCCUCAGCCUCUACCAGGCUGUGUGGGUAUCUCAGGGCACUGCAUGGUGAUGUGAUCCAUCCACAGGCACCUCAGACUCCCUUGGCAUCUCUGCCACCAGCGUGGCUUCCCAGGAGCUGUCAGGAGCAGAGCAAACGCGCUGUCCAUGACUGUGUGGUGACACAAGGAACACACUUCCCCCUUCCUGUGUCACCCACAUCCGUUGUCCAAAUUUCCUGCUGCUGAGAAGGUUCUUGUGACUUGUCUGAAGCAGAAGGGUCCUUAAAAUUGUAAAUAGAAUCCACACCACUGAAGUAAUCAAGUUCUGGAAUAAUAUUUAGAGCAGUUUGUUUCCAUAUAUUUUUUGUUAAUAAGAAUUUAAGGAGUUUAAGCCUUCACAGAGAAGACACAGGUUUAGUGGGAUAUUUAAUAGCUGAACCAUUAAAUAUCAUCCAGGCAGCUGCAGGGGAGAAAUUUAUUGCAGUGUUAAGGACUAGGCAAGGGGUGAAUUUAGUUUAUUAAAAUAUAUUUUUAAUACGAUAACCAGGAUAUUCACCAAAGAGUCACAUCCCUUUAUCUCACUCUGCACAUCCAGUGUCAACAUUAAGACUUGAAUUGUAAGUGGCAUGUCCUAUCAUCUGACAGAACUCGCCUUCUGGGCAGAGCAAAAUUAUUUCUUGACAACUGGAACAGAGGAUCCAGAGCUGGGCUAUUUUAUUCCUGGCUCUCCACUGACUUGCUAAAUAACCCUGAGCCCUUCCUUGCUCCAGUUUCCCCCUCUGUGACUCCCAGCCAGGUGGGGUAAGUGCAAUUUUGCCUUUUUCUUGUUUCAAGCAAGCAGGUCCUGCCAGAUUUUCUGUUUCACCUCCUUCCUUUGGGAGCCUGAUUUGAGGGACAGCAGAUUGCCUCUAGCAAUAAACCAAAAUAUAAUAGUAAUUCAUUUAUUUUACUAUAUAUAGAUGGAGGAUGAAGAGAAUCGGUUAAACAAGCAAUGAGAUUCUAGUCAGUGACAUUAUUCAAACAGAAGAGAAAUCUUUAAUCCUUGGGGCUUCCGAGCCAGCUGGAUCAAAGAGGAAAAUGUGUACUUGGAGGUUGUUCAGUGACAGCCAGCACAGUGCUUUCAGCAGGGGGGAAGGAGGAACCUUUUAGGGAUGAAAGAAGGUGGAAUGUACUUCUUGUGCCUUUUUUUGUAAUCUGAUAAUUGUCUUUGCAGAGCAAGCAAGAAUGUGCACACAUGUAUUACCCACUCCUUUCCCAAAUAUAGCUGUAUUCCAAUUAAAUCCAGCAACUUCACAGGACAAAAAGACUUCUAGUGUCUUCACUGGACACAUUUAAAACUCCCUGAUAUUUACAAGAUAGAAAACAACUAAACCAUCUCAUCUUUUAGCCUCAUAACUUAGGAAUUCAUCAGUUGGCGGUGCCAUUCCACUUGUGUCAAAGAGUGCUGCUUUCCACUGUGUUGUUCCUGUCCAAACUCUGCUGUUCCCCGUCCUGCUCCAGGCUUGUGGCACAGACAGGGAUCUGCAGAGGCCCUUGGUUAUCUGAUGCCUUGUGUAAUUUGAAAUGUGCACUUUGAAGCAAAAAUAAAAAAGUUGUGACUCUGUGGGGAGCAAAACUGAAGCUGGUUAAUGCCUGCUGGGAUUGGGAGGAUUUUGAGUCUGCUGGAUGUCAGCAAGAACCAGUUGUUGGCCCAGCUGAACCCAGGAGUCUCUUAGUAAUACAGAUAUAUUCCUUAGAAGCAAUUCGGAGCUGUGACAAGUUCCCAUGGGCCAGCAGUGCAAUUAGGAAUUUCCAGUUCUCAAAAUCUUAUUCCUGGCUGUGUUUUUGUUCCCUUUUUUGUUGUUCUUGAAAGUAAAAGCAAUCACAUUUUUUCUCCUUUUCUCCUCUUCUCCUUGGCUGGGAGUCCUGUUAAAUUUUUUCUGUGCCAUCACCAACAAUCAUCCCCAUAAUCCAGUAGCAGCAAAUUUCAGCUCUGGGUAAUGAAUCACAUUAAAGUUGGACAGGAGCAUUUGGCAUCACUGACAGCAAAACUCUGCCGCUGAAGGAAAAGCCCAACCCUCGGCCCAGGGAUAAGCCAGUUCAGCUGUACAAGAUUUCCUGCCUGCUACUUUUAUGCCACAGAGAGCUUUAAUGUUUUUGACAUUCCCCCCAUGAUGUGAUGAGCCAGCUUAUUUUGGAAAUUCCUGUUAGUUGAACUGGAAGCACGUGCGGGGAAAGAGAGCAGGGGCUCGGCUCAGCCUCAGAAAUGUCUGCCUGUUUUAAACCAAAUACUUGAGCUUUUCAACACUAGCCAUGACCUUGCGUUCCCCUGAUGCUUUCCUCUGGAAAUGUGAAUAAAAUUAAUAUAAGUUCA